ACAUUCACCUGUAAUGUUGGUGUUUAACAUUCGCUUGCAAUAAGAUUUAGCGUUGGGUUUGUAAUAUUCGGAUGUAAUGUUGACUUGUAUCAUUUGCCUGUAACGUUGGUCUGUAACAUUCAUCUGCAACGUUGGCCUGUAACAUUAACCUGUAAUGUUGGUCUGUGACAUUCGCCUGUAACAUUCAGCUGUAAUAUUUGAAACAGAUUUAGUUAAUUAAGGACAGGGGAUACGUGACUGUAACUCUGUAAUCUUCAUUUAAGAUUAGAUAUUUGUUCGUCUGUGUAUGCAAUUAUUUUCUUCUUAAGGCAUAUUGUGACUCGAAGAGAUUUGCAUUCAGUUAGGAUAUAUUAAAAAAGAAAGGGAUUAGAAAAACAGAGUCAUGCGUAACCAUCAUGAAACAUGUCAUGCUCGAAUGUGGUUCACUGUAAUCCCUAACCGGCAACUGCAGCGGAAAUAUGAUUACGGCAGCACAGACUGAUAGUAAAGUGCCUUCGCUGGCUACGAUUUUUACCGCACAUUAAUAUCCCUGAUUUAGAUCAAAACCCCCACUUCAUAAACUCCUGAAAACACGGUCUCGUAUGUGGGAUAACAGUCUCGAUGAAUGAACCAGAUUAAGUACACUCGAGGAAAUCAUGAACAGAGCGAGACCAUUGCCUCGUGGACGGCGGGAGGGAGUGGUCGCUGUUGUCAGUCAGUGCGUUGACGUUGUGACACCCUGAACACAACGCACACUGCCUCCACCACAGGCCACCGGUGGAAACCUGCCACUUUGCUCUGACAACGGCUGAUCCUGAUAAAGUGAUCUGUACAAGUUUUAUUUAUUUAUUUUUUUUAGAUUAACUGUGCUGAGUUACGUGAGUGCUGGACGGCGCGCGAUGAUACAUAUAUAUUUUUUUCUUUAAUGUUGAUUUUUUUGAGUGUAAAGAAACAAAAUUUGGGAUUGUGGUGUUUAAUAAGAGAAAGAGGAGUGUGGAAGGCGUUUCAGGAUAAAUGUGUGAGUAACUAGCGAGUGCUGAUAGAGUGCGUGUGUCCCUUUUGUUGAUAAUUUUCUCAAGAGUAACGCAUCUUUAUAAGCGACGUGAACGAACCAAAUUUAAUUCGACUCUCGAGUUUUGAAAGAGAAACAAAGAAAGAAAGAGAAAAAAAAUAUAUAUAUCAUAAUGAAAAGACGAUAAGAGAGAAACAAAACAAAAAAAGAAAAAAAAGAGAAAAACAAGGAAGAAAAAGUGUACCUACUCCUUCAAAAAAAUAAAGUAGAAAACCCAUUCAGAAUUCGAGAGAAAAAAAAAUCCUCUUUCUCUCUCUGUCUCUCCAUUUUUAUUAUUAUUUUUUUUUAUUUUGAUUUUCUCGAAGGAUGGAGUCAGAUGAAUCCUCAGAACCUAAGUCACCUACGACACCUAAGUCACCUAAGUCACCUAAGUCACCUACGACACCUACGACACCUACGACACCUGAUGAAGUCAAAUUCAAGAGUAUGUUACAAGUUCUCUUGAAGACGAAACAGGAUGACGAACUCUUGAAGAAUAUUGAAUUCAAGGAGAAACUCGAAAUGGAAGAGGACGAGGAAAAGGAGGAGGAGGAGGACGGACGAAAGAAGGAGAAACCGAGAGAGAAGGAGGAGCAGGAAGACGAAAGAGGUGCGAAGGGGAAGGAGAAGAAGGAGAGAGACCAAGGGGAGGAUGGAAGGAAUAACGAAGAUAAGGGGAAAAUAAAAGCGAGAGAAAAGCGGAGUAAGGACGAGAAAGAAACAAGUGAAAAUAAGAAAACGAAAGAGACAAAAAUCAAGGAGAAACACAAAGAUAAAGAAGCCAACAAGAGCAAGGAAGAAAACAAGAAUAAGGAAAAUAAAGAAAAGGAAGCAGUCGAGAAAAGAGAAAAGAAAGAGAAGAAGGAAAACAAAGAAGUAAAAGAAAAGGAAGAGAAAGAGACAGAAUCAAACAAUAACAAAGAAAACAAAGGCAAGGGAAAAGACAAAAAGAAACAGAACGAAGAAGAGGAAGAGAAGAAAUCGAAGAAAGGAGACACAGAAAUCGAAGCCAAAGAAAGAGAGAAGAAAACAGACCAGAAAAAGAACGACGAAGCGAAGGAAAGCAAAGAAGAACUAAAGGAAAAGGAUAAAGCAAAGAAGAGAGAAGACGAGACGAGAGAAAAGGACACGAAGAAGAAAGAAGACAAACCAAAAGAAAAGAAAGUCGAAGAGAAAAUCGACGAAAAACCGAAAGAAAAGAAAAACGAAGAAAAGACGAAAGAAAAGAAACACGACGAAAAACCGAAGGAAAAGAAAAACGAAGAAAAGACGAAAGAAAAGAAAAUCGACGAAAAGACGAAAGAGAAGAAAAACGAAGAAAAGACGAAAGAAAACGAAGAGAAACGAAAAGAAGGAAAACCAGCGGAGAAACGAGAGGUCAACGUACCGAGGAUUGAAGUCGACGAGGUCACUUCGGGUCAAGAGACAGACGCAGCAGUUCAAGGUCGACCUUCAUCCUCCAGCUCGUCCUCCACCGCCUCGCCCGCCCGCUCGACCUCGACCUUGGCGCCGCAUCCGAGCUCAUCCUCGACCAAGGCCAAGGGCGAGGAGGGGGGGAGGGCGGAGGAGAAAGUGAUGGGGAUUUUAUACAAGAAAGGAAAGGGUCCCUUCGGCUCCUGGAAGCGCUACUACUUCGUCCUCAAGGGACAGCUCCUCAUGUACUACUACUCGGAGCAUGACUACAAGGAGCUGUCGAGUUUCAAAGGCUCGCUCGAUCUCACGAUGCUGGAGGAAGUGAGAGAGAAGAAGAAGGGGUUCAUGAAGUCGCACUUCCCUUUCGCCCUCGGCAGGAGGAACCUCAAGCACAUUGUGCUGGCGGCCGAGACGAGCGAGGAGAGAGACCAGUGGAUGUCGGUCCUGAGAAGCUCGCUCUUGAGACCAACGGGCGGGUCUGUGAAUCGCUCGGACUCGAACAUACCUGCUCCUCGGGAGGGGGACUCUUUGCAGGAGAAAAGCGCGACUUUGCCCGCGCGAGCCAAGAACUCGCCCGCAUCCUCGUCCUUGAGUGAGUCUGAGGACGAGGCCAAGAAAGACGAGGGCAAGAAGAACGAGUCCAAGAAGCACGAGACCAAGGAGAAGGAAGCCAAGGAGGAGGAAGCCAAGGAGGAGGAGGCGAAGGAGGACGAGGAGCCCAAGCUCAUUCAGCCCAAGAAGGUGCAGCGGAUCCCCAUGAGCCCGAUGGGGCAGAUCAAAAUCGACGCCGUGAAGCUGAGGAAGGUCGACAGGAAGCCCCUCGAGGACAAGGCGGACCGGGACAAGGUCGAAGGAGAAGCCGCGCCGGAGGAACUCGACCCUGAGACCAAAUUCGGGGUGAAGCUGAAGAAGCACCAUCUGCCGGUCACGUCGGCGACUCGAGGGGACGUCGGGGAGGCGAAGGAGGCGAAGGAGGAGGCGCAGGGGACGAAGGAGGCGAAGGAGGAGGCGCAGGGGACGAAGGAGACGAAGGAGACGUCCCUAACGCCGAGCUCGAAGCGUCCUAAUAAGAAUCCGAUCAUUCCCCUGGGCAAGAGUCCUCUGCUGAGCCGCCCCGAAGGCGAGCUCCUGAAGACGUCCUCGCCGGAGACCCAGAGGAGGGGAGGGACGCCCGAGAGGAAGAAGUCCCCCUCGCCGAGCAUCCCGCUCUCCAGGGGCGUCCAUUCCGUGCUGGCCAAGUCGGGCGAAGAGGGCGACGAAAGGGACGAGCGAGAGGACCGCGAAGGGAGAGAGGAAGGGGAAGAGAAGCGAGCAGAUGGCGUCGACGCGCGGGGAGAGGUAAGCAGGGAGAAAAGCGCGACUUUGCCCGCGCGAGCCAAGAACUCGCCCGCAUCCUCGUCCUUGAGUGAGUCUGAGGACGAGGCCAAGAAAGACGAGGGCAAGAAGAACGAGUCCAAGAAGCACGAGACCAAGGAGAAGGAAGCCAAGGAGGAGGAAGCCAAGGAGGAGGAGGCGAAGGAGGACGAGGAGCCCAAGCUCAUUCAGCCCAAGAAGGUGCAGCGGAUCCCCAUGAGCCCGAUGGGGCAGAUCAAAAUCGACGCCGUGAAGCUGAGGAAGGUCGACAGGAAGCCCCUCGAGGACAAGGCGGACCGGGACAAGGUCGAAGGAGACGCCGCGCCGGAGGAACUCGACCCUGAGACCAAAUUCGGGGUGAAGCUGAAGAAGCACCAUCUGCCGGUCACGUCGGCGACUCGAGGGGACGUCGGGGAGGCGAAGGAGGCGAAGGAGGAGCCGCAGGGGACGAAGGAGGCGAAGGAGGAGGCGCAGGGGACGAAGGAGGCGAAGGAGACGUCCCUAACUCCGAGCUCGAAGCGUCCUAAUAAGAAUCCGAUCAUUCCCCUGGGCAAGAGUCCUCUGCUGAGCCGCCCCGAAGGCGAGCUCCUGAAGACGUCCUCGCCGGAGACCCAGAGGAGGGGAGGGACGCCCGAGAGGAAGAAGUCCCCCUCGCCGAGCAUCCCGCUCUCCAGGGGCGUCCAUUCCGUGCUGGCCAAGUCGGGCGAAGAGGGCGACGAAAGGGACGAGCGAGAGGACCGCGAAGGGAGAGAGGAAGGGGAAGAGAAGCGAGCAGAUGGCGUCGACGCGCGGGGAGAGAAGAAUGCGACAACGAAACCCAGCAGAUCGCCCUCACCUUCGUCGUCGAGCGAAUCCGAGAAGGAGGACAAGGAGGAGAAGGAGGAGAAGGAGGAAAAGAAGGAGAAGGAGAAGGAGGAGAACAAAGAGAAGAAGGACCAAGAGAAGGAGAAGGAGGACAAGGAACAGAAGGCACGGGGAAUCUCCGUCAGUCCCGAGGUCCCGAUGAAGCCCAAGAAGACAGAGCGUCAGGCCUCGAAGGAUGCAGGAGGCCGGGAGGACAGAAGCGAGGAGGAGGACACGCCAAAGGCGCUCGACCGCGAUGCGAAAUCCGAGGAGAGGACGCCGGGGGACUCUGGGCGGGUGAGUGGCAGCGCGUCUCCGGAGGCGAAGGAGGACAGCCCGAGCUCCCUCAGCUCGGCCUCGAGGGACCAGGACCUGUCCUCGCAAGGCUCCCUUUCGAGACAGGGAUCGGAGGGGGAAUUCCUGCAGGUCUCGGUGACGCUCAAGGAGAGCGCGGGGGACGAGUCUGAGUACGACCAGCUGGACGAAGAUGUUUUGCGAAGCGUGAAGCCAAAUGGGAAAGCUUCGGAAGCCUCCCCGAAGCCUCCUUCCCCGCGCCACACGCCCUCCUCAUCCGAAACUUCGUCCCCGGCUUCGAUCAGAACUCUGGAGGAAAACGAGAAGCCAAGGCUGCCGAAGCAAGGCAGCUGCAGCGCUGGAGCCACGCCCCCGAGAAGCCCCUUCAGGCGCAGGAGCAACACCAACGAUAGUUCCGGGUCGUGCAAGAGCGAGCCUGAGACGCCGGAGAAAAAGUCGGGCAAGUUGAAGGCCCUCUUUACGCGCGGUCGGUCCGGGAGUCUGGACGUGGGGCGCCCCGAUUGCGGGAAGGGGGACUACGAGGUCAAGGGCAAGAACAGCAGCGCCUUCUCCAAGUUCCUGCAGAAGAAACUGUCCAAAGAGAAGAUCAAAAAGGAGAUAGAAGGUUCGUCUCCUGAGAUGAGAAAGAAUUCGGAGACGGCCAAGGACGCCGCGCCCGCCGAGCCAGUGACUCCUCGGGAAGCGCGAGAAGCGGGCGCCCCUUCGACGCCGAAGGAAGCGAUACCCACGGUGAACGUCGUGCCCAUCCUGCCGGAGGAGAGCGAGGGCCCCGAGGAAGCGGAGGUGGCGGUCACCCUGCGCUCCGGCUUCCAGGCGAGCGGCGAGUCGCGGGGCAGUACCUACAGCCGCUCCUCCAACGCCUCCAGAGAGCAGGAUCCGCCGCCGACGGUGCCAGAGAAGACCAGAAUCCGAGAGAAGUCCCCCGUGCACGACAUCCCGCGCUCCAACAGGCCCGUGCCCGCGGCGCCCUCGACCCCGAAGGAGGAGCCCAGGGCCGUGGAGGGCAAGGUCGUGGACGGCAACAUUUCCCUGGAGCAGAUCAACGCGAUCCUCAGCGCCAAGGAGAGCAAGAAGCGCCAGUCCCGCGAGCGAGAGGGCUCCGUGGAGGGCGACGCGGCCAAGGGCCUGAGCGCCCGCAGGCCCUCCUCCAUCUCCACCACGAGCGUCGAGAGUGACGAUCCUCUCCCCAAGACCAACUUUAUUGACUGUGAUAUUUCCUCCUCGAGCUCGGGGAGUCUCAAGGACCAGGUGAGGAGCCGCGACUCAGUGGGCUCCGGCGACCAUGUGCGCCUGUCAGUCGACCUCGAGUCGGCGGCCGACGCGGAGGCGUCCGUCACUCUCCGCAAACCGAAGCUGACGGACAGCCUCACAGCCGGGCCGAGGGUGAGCCUCACGCAGCCCGAAUUCACGGUCGUCGAGGAGGACGCGGCCGCCGCUUCCCCAGAGACGGAGCGCCAGACUCGGGGCGCCUCUCCGGACGACCGGCGAAGCGAAAGCGACGUCGACGACGACGGCGACGACGAAGACGAGGAGGCGGAGCAGAGCGACUACUUCCCCGGUGUCGGCGCGGAGGUGCGGCCGCCCUCGCCGACUAGCCUGAAGCUGCCCGACUCGCCGACGCUGAACAUCACCCGCCUCAAGGCCUUCUUGGGAGAGAUGGAGAAGGAGGACGCCAAUCCGCCCAGCUUGAGGACGGGCAUCAGCCGCCUGGGCCACAGCGCCGCCGUCGAGAAACUCAAGGAGGAAAUCACCGAGGAGCCGCGAGACUGAGGACGAGCGUGGCUGAAGGUUUAUUAAUAUUUCACAAGCGAGAACAUCCGCGUCCAAGGGGCUUCUCGGACCAACUGCCCGGAGAAGCGCUCAAUAAAUAUCUUGUUAAUCCAAAUUCUCAUCUCUAACACAAACAUCGAUAUCUUCAUUAAUUCACUCUAAUCUCAAACUUGAUGUGCAUCAAAGUGAACAUAAUGCUAAUGUUUACAAAUGGAAGUUUAAACCCACAAAACAUUUAGCAAACGCAUUUUCGGGCAAUUGGUCUGAGAACACUGAACACGCAGGCCUUGAUAUAACACGUGAUCGCAGAGUGAAGGAAAGUCCUUCGUUCUCUUAUUCUCUUGUCCGUUUGUUCUCCUGUUCUCCUGUUCUCCUGUUCUCCUAUUCUCGUGUUCUCCUGUUCUCCUGCUCUCCUAUUCUCCUGUUCUCUUAUUCUCUUUUUCGCUUAUCCUCCUGUUCUCUUGUUCUCUUGUUCUCUUGUUCACGGUUUCCUUCGGAAGGCAAAAAUGGCGGAAGGUAACGAAGAUGUCGACGGUUUUCUUCAAGGUAUUGUUUUUGAUUGCUUUAUGAUGGAGGUGGCCGAUAAGAGGCCAAUGCGUUCACUUAAUUUCGUCAUUGUAAAAAGAAACUAUUUUCUAUUUCCUUAUUUAUGUUUGUUUGUCUAUCUAUCUCUUAUUUAUCGGUCUGUAUGUCUCUGUCUCUUUGUCUGUCUGUCCUCUCUCUCUAACUCUCUCUCUCUCUCUCUCUCUCUCUCUCUCUCUCUCUCUCUCUCUCUCUCUCUCUCUCUCUCUCUCUCUCUCUCUCUCUCUCUCUCUCUCUCUCUCGUCUUCUGUGUGUCUGUCAUAUCCUCUUGUUUUUUGUAAAUUUGAUUUAUUUAAUAAACAAUCGGUGCUUAAAUUCUUCCAUGAUCACAAUUUUCGUGCCAAAUUCAGAUUUAAUUGUAUAGUCGUUUUUUUUCAUUUAUGUAGCUGUAUUUAUAUCUAUAAGUCCUAUGAAUCUCUCUAAAAACAAAUGACAAUCGCCUGAAUGGAGAUUUAGAUUCCGUAUUUUCUGUAGCUCUCUAAUGUACUUGCUCAUGAUGAUGAUGUGUAUACUGUAUAUUUAACAAAACAAUUACCAAUGAAUUGUGAUACUGA